GUAACUUCGGAGACCAGCGUUGCACUCGCUUAUUAUGCUUCCAGUCUUCUUUUCCCGGCUACUCUAUUCUCUCGUAUCUUCGGCAAUAUCGGCACCGCCCAAUCGUCUACCGGCACCGGGGCGGAGGGUUCACCACCGUGGGGAUAUGUUGGACACGAUCGUGGGCCAUUGGAUGCGAAGCCGACGGCGGCGGAUCUAUGAGGAGUAGGCCGGCGGGUCGGAGGGCGGGGAUCGGCAGCUGUGGGCCGGCGGGGGGCGCCGGAUAAAUGCUCUGCACGGGGGAUCUAGGGCUCUCCGUGGCGGCGCUGGUGCUCUUCCUCGUCGUCGGGCCGCUGCUGGCCCUGGUGGCGGGCCAGAGAUGGCGGCUCGCGGCAGCGCGGCGGGAGGAGGUCCGGCGCCUGGUGCUCCUCGCGGCGGAGGAGGCUGAGAGGGAGGAGGUGGACGCCGCGCUCGCCUACGUGGUGGAAUCAGCCACCGUGGCGGCCACUGAAGGGGCGCGGGGGAGGCCGGAAUGUGCGGUUUGCUUCAGCCCCACGAGGACGAGGUGCUCCCGAUGCAAGGCCGUCAGAUACUGUUCUGGCAAAUGUCAAAUUAUUCACUGGAGACAAGGCCACAAGGAAGAAUGCCAUCCUCCACAUGUUGAUGAUAAGUACAAUGACCAAACAAACAUUUUAGAUCUGAAAGGAGUGCUGGGUGAACAAUCCAAUGUGUCUGACAUCAGUUUGGAAUUUGAAGAACAGCCAUAUGACAAAGCAGUUGAGGCUUAUCUGGAGAGAUCAUCAUCUGAAUCCAACUGCUCUACUAACAUUAUUACUGAAGACAAGCCUGAGGACAAGCUCGCCAUGGAUGCAUCUGGAAAUGAAAGCACUUCCAAUUCUUGUGCCUCGUCAGCACCUAGCUGCUCGACAUUUUCUGGCAUCAUAGAAGCUUCUGAUGAUGGUUCUACUAGUGAGGAACAACCUCUGUGUCAUGGUGCUAAUCUAAGUGAAUCUUCAUCUCAUGAUAUUUCUCCUAGCAGCCUCAGAAUAACAGUUGAUAUGACUAGUAUGAAUUUUACCAAAAUACCUUCUGAACCUGCCAGUGCAACAUUUUGUAUAACUAGUGUUCCUUACUUGAGUAAAUUAAAGCAGAAGGUCUCCACAAGCAAAACUGAAACUGGGGAAUGUGAGUCUACUGCUCAUUCUGGCAUAGCUGUGCAUUCUAUCGGCACUAUUGAAGGUCAAGAUACCACUUUUGAUAUGAAUGUAGAACAUGGUGCUGGGAAAGAUAAUUUCCAUGCAUGUCAGGAGAAUGAAUGUGCUGAGCUAAAUGUUGAAUCUUCUUCAGAGCUGUCUCACAAGUUCUCUGUGAAGAAUUGUCCCUUUAGUACAAGUUCUAGAAAUGAAGAUUCUUUGUGUGGAGCUGCUUCAUCAGAAGGUACAGCUAAAUUUGAGUGUAAGGAUAUGCAGACUGUGGGCACUGAAAAUUCAAGCUGUAUUGCCAGCAGGAGGAGCAAAGAUGUGUUGUUGCAGAAAUCUGCAAGGUCAACAUCAUUUACAUCUGCUUCUUCUGCAGUUCGAUUAUGUUCUGAUGGUGGUGGCCACCCCAUUGUAACUCAUACAUCCUUGAAGGUUCAUAAUGCACCAUCAAUUCCUAUUAGAUCAUCUGAGAGUACAGUUUCUAUGCCAAAUGGCCUGACAACAUCUGUGAAGAGAGUUGUUAAGCAGUUUACAUCUCCAAAAGUUUCAAGACAUUACCCAUCAGCAUCGAUGCUUUUCCCAUAUGAUCUCUUCAUCAAGCUUUACAACUGUGACAAAGUGGAACUGCGCCCUUGUGGUCUUACUAACUGUGGCAACAGCUGUUAUGCAAAUGCUGUUCUCCAGUGCUUGGCAUUUACUCGUCCACUUACUGCGUAUCUUCUUGAGGGACUUCAUUCCAAAACAUGCUCAAAGACAGAGGGGUGCUUUACCUGUGAACUUGAAAAACUUUUAAUGAUGGCGAAGCAAGGGAAAUCUCCUUUGUCCCCUGCUGGAAUUCUCUCUCAUUUAAGCAACAUUGGUAGUAGUUUCGGUCAUGGAAGAGAAGAAGAUGCCCAUGAGUUUUUAAGGUAUGCUAUUGAAGCAAUGCAAUCUGCUUGCAUUAAGGAAGCUGGGAAAAAUGUUACUGGCCGAUUAGUUGAAGAUACCACGCUUAUACAACUAAUUUUCGGUGGUUACCUUCGAUCAAAGAUAAAGUGCAUGAGAUGUCAAGGAAAAUCCGAGCGUUGUGAACGAAUGAUGGAUCUUACUGUCGGGAUACAUGGGGACAUUGGUACCCUUGAAGACGCACUUUCUCGUUUUACUUCUACUGAGAUUUUGGAUGGGGAGAACAAAUACCAGUGUGACAGGUGUAAAUCAUAUGAGCGAGCCAAGAAAAAGCUGACAAUUUUGGAGGCUCCUAACAUCCUCACUAUUGCAUUCAAACGUUUUCAGUCUGAUAAAUUUGGCAAGCUCAACAAAUCUAUCCGGUUCCCAGAGUACCUUGAUCUAGCUCGUUAUAUGAGUGGAACAGAUGACAAAUUCCCUGUUUAUAGGCUGUAUGCAGUGGUCGUUCAUCUGGAUAUCAUGAAUGCUUCCUUUUCUGGUCACUAUGUGUGUUACGUGAAGGAUACGCAGGGAAAAUGGUAUAAGAUUGAUGACAGCAUGGUAAAACCUGUGGAGCUUGAAAGAGUCUUAUCAAAGGGCGCAUACAUGCUUCUUUAUGCCAGGUGCUCACCGCGUGCUCCAAGUUCAGUGAGGAAAGCAUCGUCGUAUGAGCAAGUACAGAUCAAAAAGAUUGGGGGCAAGGAAGCAAAGGCAAAAUCCAGUUCUAUGUUCUCACAACAUGGUUCAUCAAUUGCACACCGGCGGAGCCCAUUUUACUCACAGCUAUUGAUGGAUGAUGCUGCCAAUUUUCAACCAUAUGAUCUUUUUGAUGAAAGAAUCCGUCCUCCAAAUAUGGAUUCAUCCAGUGAUAGUUCUUCCCUUUUCAGCUGCUCAUCAGAAUGUUCUGGGGGCUCCGAGAGCACGAGGGACUCAACCAGUACUGAUGAGUACUCUGGAUACAUAUUAGGAGAGCCGGACCGGAUUGGUUGGAAUGGUCCUUUAAGAUUCUUUGAAGACUCAGAUGGCUUAAAUCACUCUCCUUUGACAAGCAGCGACUCCACAUCAAAUCCCAGUUCUUCAGGAUGGGAAGCAGGUUGGCUGGAAGUUGAGAGAAUUAGGGAUAGGAAACCUCAGGGCAAAAGAGAGGGGUUUUUAGAGGGCAAUCUUGACCCAAUUAAGCAGUGUAGAAACUUAACAGAAGAAUGUAGGACUCCAAACACUAACCGAGCUAAGCCUGAUGUGGUGAAGCCCAAUGUGUUAUUUAGAAGACACUCUGGGGAAAGCACAGCCCAGACAUUUUAUUGAUAGGUUUGGGCUGUAUAAAAAUAAGAUAGGCUCUAAUCUUAUCUUGUUCAGGUGGAAGAAAAUGGGGAAAAAAUAAAGGUUUUUCUUCACUAUUUUGUUACA